AUGACAACUCAACUAACAUACUCAGUGACAUCUAAACUAACAUACUCAAUGACAACUCAACUAACAUACUCAAUGACAUCCCAACUAACAUACUCAGUGACAACUCAACUAAUAUACUCAAUGACAUCUAAACUAACAUACUCAAUGAUAACUCAACUAACAUACUCGGUAACAUCUAAACUAACAUACUCAAUGACAACUCAACUAACAUACUCGGUAACAUCUAAACUAACAUACUCAGUGAUAAGUCAACUAACAUACUCGAUAACAUCUAAACUAACAUACUCAAUGAUAAGUCAACUAACAUACUCGGUCACAUCUAAACUAACAUACUCAAUGACAACUCAACUAACAUACUCGGUAACAUCUAAACUAACAUACUCAAUGACAACUCAACUAAUAUACUCAAUGAUAUCUAAACUAACAUACUCAAUGACAACUCAACUAACAUACUCAAUGGCAUCUAAACUAACAUACUCAAUGACAUCUAAACUAACAUACUUAAUGACAUCUAAACUAACAUACUUUAUGACAUGUAAACUAACAUACUCAAUGACAACUCAACUAACAUACUCAAUGACAUCUAAACUAAACACAUUUUCUUAA